AUGUCCAUUGUCGAGCUGAUUCUGGUUCAGGAACUCUUUGACAAUAAGACUCAGACAGCUGCUUCGCGUCCUAAACAUCUUUUGAACUCACUGUUCUUACAUUCUCCCAAAAUUUCUCUCAUGGAUUCCUUCGCCACCCUCACCAUCUUCUUCGCCUCCGUCUCUGGCUCCAGUGAUAUCCCAACCAACGCCGACGACGGUGGCAGCGGGAACAACGCGUACUGUGUCGUUGCUUGA